AUGGAUUCUCAAGUGCAAAUCAAGCCUGCCUAUUCUCCAAAACCCUACAGCUACAAGAUGUUUAAUGUCUACUGCUACAACUAUCGCUUCCGCGCUACCGUAACCGCCACCCCUGGCGUUGUCCGGGACUGGAUCUUCAGAAUGCGGCGUAGACACGCCUACCUCCUCCGCAGCAGGAAGCUGAUCGUUGGACUAGGGGUCCAGUGGACCCCCAUCUACAACCCUGCCGCCACCCUCCAGCUGGCGGUGGGGCGUGAAUGCCUUAUCUUUCAGUUAGCUCAUGCUGCCCGCGCUCCCAGGGCUCUCCGCCGCCUUCUGGAGGAUCCGGACAUAACGCGGGUUGGUGUGAACAACCCGAUGGAUUUGGCAAAGGUGGAGAGGUCAAAGCUGGGGCUUACUGUGGGCGAGGUGGUGGAUCUGGUCCACGUGGCUCGCGACAAAGGAAUAUGCUGCACAAAUCUUCAUCAGGGAAAGUUAUCAAUGGAGGUAUUGGCUGAGAAUAUUCUGGGGAUGGCCGGAAUAAAAAAGGCGCAAGUGGUGGGUAUGAGCGAUUGGGAGGCUAAGAGUCUGAGCGAGGAGCAAGUGCAAUAUGCAUGCCUUGACGCUUCCAUUUCGUUCUUGGUGGGUAAAGCUCUUGAGGCCUGGAACUGA